ACAUUCUCUUCUGUCUGUGUCUCAGCUGUGGCCCUCCGAAAGUGCCCCGAUAGAAGUUCCGGCCGGAAAUAAUAUAGCGGUCCUGAGGAGGAUGAUGUGAACGAAAAUAAAAACGACUGUAGAUCGGGACACUUCCCCGGACCCACCCACAAUCUCCGUCGAGAGAGCGUGUUCUGAUGCCUCAAUUUCCUUCGAAUAUCGUUGGCUCUCAGUAGUGAAGUGAACGUUUAUGCUCACUUGGAAAUUCCCACGCUGAUGAAGCGUCGACGGGUCCGACAGCUCUGACUAGACGUAGAGUUGAAGUCCGAAGAGGGAAACGCUGGCCGAGAUGCUAAUCGAAGACGCCGGAAUCCCACCUGGAACUUUCGGCAACAUCCGCUUUCUAGAUUCCGGUUUUAAAGGAUCUCGCGUGUACUCCGCGAUCGAUGGAGGGCGUGUGGUUGCAGUUAAGAUCAUCGAUUUGGACAGUUCGGUUGACGAGCUCGCUGAGGCCGAACGAGAAGUUCUCAUACUGAGCUCGCUGAGGCACGCUCAUGUAACCCGGCUUAUGAGAUCCUUCGUCAACGGCCACUUUUUGUUGAUCGUACAAAAUCUGUACUCAUCUCUGUCCCUAUACCGAUUGUUGGAAGGUGGCUUCCCGGACGGGCUCCCUGAGCUGGCCGUAGCCUUCGUGAUUGGGGAUUGUUUGAUAGGAUUGACGUAUCUUCACAAAUGCGGCCUCGUCCACCGAGCUCUAAGCGCUGCGCAUCUGUUGUGCGAUGAUAAGGGUCGAAUAAGCAUUACAGGAAUGAGGCAUUCAAUCGCCAUUGCUCAAGGUCUUUCACACGAUUUCCCGUCUCAACACGCGCUCCAUAACUUGCCCUGGUUGGCUCCGGAGAUCCUUGCUCAGGAUCUGAGGGGUUAUGGCCGUCCAUCGGAUAUUUAUAGCUUGGGUAUACUAGCUUUGGAAUUGGCCAAUGGGAAAGCUCCUUUCGCUGGACUCGAAGCCGAAAAAGUUCUACUCUACAAACUUCGUGAUAUUGUUCCUUCGUUGAACGCGUCCAAAUGCUUCCGGGAGCCGUUCACGGAUUUCACCGAUCGUUGUCUGCAAUAUGAACCAGAAAAUAGGCCGACAUGUAUUGACUUAGCUCGGCACGUAUACCUAAAACAGGUCAAGAAGUACUCGUCUCUUUGGAGAUUCAUUCAUCCGCCGAAAGAUAUCAAGAGCAUACAGGAGGCGAAGCAGAGUCCAAUGAAGCAUACAGCUGAAGGCGAUAGGGCGACCCUUCGAGACGGUAAUAGUUUAUCGAAUGAUAUUCAUUGGAGUUGGGAGGAUUCAGAUAAGAGUUGAUUGAGAGUGUUUUUUUCUGUCUGUCGAUGAAUGUUGUUGGAGUGAGGAUAAUCAGACAUUAGACUGAAGUUAUUGGCUCGAAUAAAUUUAUAUGUAAAA